AAGCUAACAGCGCUCAGAUUUCCUUCACUGUUGUAGCAUGGAAAUGGUUGUAGUUCUAAAUAAAAGUUUUAGCUUAUUUAAAUAAAACUUGUUACAAUGUCGGAUUCGUCGCAAACAGAAAGUGUUCAGGACCGUCUGGACCGCAUUCAGGAGCUGUCGGAGUUUACUGAAACGUGUAAAAAGCAAUUAAACGAAAUUUUUGAAACGAUAGGGUGGUCGCGAGACUACAAAGGUUUCAGUCAGGAGCUGACGGAACAGUGUCCCUAUGACCCCCACCAUAAAGUCCCAGUCAGAACCAUGGAGAAACACAAAACCUCUUGCAAGCUCCGGAAACUGGGAUACUCUGCUGAGGAGCAGGCAGAAAUGCAAGAUCCCUCUGUGUGUUAUGAAAAUGGCAGCAUCAAAAGCUUUUUAAUGGACAAAUCAACCCAGCACCAGGUGAUCCUUCAGGCCAGAUCUGCAGCUCCCCUGAUGAAGAUGGAAGGAGUUUUCUGGCAAGGUCAGUACUCUGGCCAGCCUGUGGAUGUGCCUCAGAACCACAAGCGAGCCGUAUGCGACCUCACUGUUGCAGACCGAUUGGCUCUUUACGAUCACGUGAUUAGCGUCCUGAACCAACAGAAAGAACCAUCCUCCUCCAAUGAGGAUCUCUACGUAGAUUUGGUCUCCAAACUUCAAAAAGGUGAGGAGCAAAAUGAGCCAAAGAGUCACCUGGAGCUGAUGGCUGAGAUGAGGGACUACAAGAGACGGCGUCAGUCCUACAGAGCCAAGAAUGUUCACAUCACCAAAAAGUCUUACACUGAGGUGAUCAGAGAGGUGAUCAGUGUUCAUUCAGAGGAACUUGGCCGGCAGUGGAAAGAAGAAGAAGAUGAAAAGGAGUCCUCGAGAUCUGAUCAUUCUUCCCACAGUCGCUGGACGAGUAAAAGACAGUCUGGUUCCUCGGAGUCUCACCGCCCACACAAGCGCCAUCGCAGCCCAGAACGAAGCCACGACCAAGAGGACAAAAAGAAGAGUAAAAAGAGGGAGAGAGAAUCCCGUUCCCCAGAAGAUGCUCACCAUGACCGAAAGAAAAAGAAGAAGAAGAAGAAGAAGGAUGACAAGGAGAGGCAAAAGAAAGAAUAAUGAAUCGUCGACAAGUGUCGGAAUAAAAAAAUUGAUUGACGGGUGUCCUGGUAUUUAAAAUAUCAGCUGUGUGGAUUAUUUUUUGUGAAUUACAUGGCAAAUUUUGAUUAAAUGUUCAUUUCAUCAGAC